CUUGGACAGGUCUCUUACAGGUGGACUCAACGCAGAACUAGUGAAGAAAGACGGAGAAAUUAGAGAGAGAGAGAAUCAAGAUCAAUACAAAGUUGGCAAAGACUUGAACGAAGGACAGAGAGAGAGUGUGUGUUUGUGUGUUGCGGCGAGAGAGAGAGAGAGAGAUUGUCGGCGUUAAUGGCGGAAGGGCAAAAACCGCGAAAACACAGCGACGAGAGCGUGAAGCUGUUUGUAGGUCAAGUGCCGAAGCACAUGACCGAAGCACAACUUAUCGAAAUGUUCGAAGAGUUCGCUCUCGUAGACGAAGUCAACAUCAUCAAAGACAAGGCAACGCGAGCUUCACGAGGGUGUUGUUUUCUUAUAUGUCCGUCGAGGGAAGAAGCAGACAAGGCAGUGAAUGCGUGUCACAAUAAAAAAACUCUGCCGGGGGCAUCUAGUCCGUUGCAAGUGAAGUAUGCAGAUGGCGAGUUGGAAAGGCUAGAACACAAGCUUUUCGUUGGUAUGCUUCCAAAAAAUGUUUCUGAUGCUGACCUGUUGGCUUUAUUUUCCCAAUAUGGAAGUAUAAAGGACUUGCAGAUCCUGAGAGGUUAUCAGCAAACAAGCAAAGGAUGUGCUUUCCUAAAGUAUGAGACGAAAGAACAAGCUCUUGAAGCCAUAGAGACCCUCAACGGAAAGCAUAAAAUGGAGGGUUCAACUGUCCAUUUGGUUGUCAAAUGGGCAGACACAGAAAAGGAAAGGCAAGCUCGGAGGGCUCAGAAAGCUCAAUUCCAGGUUUCUAGUGUGGCAAAUGCUGAUUCUCCACAGCAUCCAUCUGUAUUUGGAGCCUUGCCAAUGGGGUAUAUCCCCCCAUAUAAUGGAUAUGGGUACCAGUCUCCUGGAACUUAUGGAGUCAUGCAGUAUCGACCACAACCGAUGCACAAUCAACAUGUCUUCCAUAAUACGAUUACACCUGUAAAUCCAGGAAAUGCACUGCGUGGAAUCACCCCAGAUCUUGCCUCUAGUAUGGCCCUAGGAAACUAUCCCAUGCCAUCACCGAGGUAUGUGGGCUCUGCUUAUCCAGCAGUGCCUGGGAUUCAGUAUACUGUGGCACAUCCUGGGGGAGGGAUGAAUUAUAGGCCUUUGAGUGGUUCUCCUGGUUCUGUAUCACCUGCAAUUGCAGGCAAUUACGCCGCAGCAUCUUCAAGUGUCAGUGCAAGUUCCGGGGGACAGAUUGAAGGUCCACCUGGUGCUAAUUUAUUUAUUUGCCACAUUCCUCAAGAAUUUGGUGACCAAGAGCUUGCAGAUGCCUUCCAACAGUUUGGUAGGGUCCUGAGUGCCAAGGUUUUCAUCGAUAAGGCAACUGGUGUUAGCAAAUGUUUUGGAUUUGUAAGUUAUGACUCGCCAGCAGCUGCACAAUCUGCAAUUAACAUGAUGAAUGGCUUCCAAUUAGGUGGUAAGAAGUUGAAAGUUCAACUUAAAAGAGAAAACAAACAAAACAAACCUUACUGAUUUGAAGGUGAGCUAUGAAAUGAAGCAGAAUUCUAUGCUAUUGUGUGGUCACAUGCAACUUGGUAUUGGGGACAUACUGCAAUACGAGCUAUUGUGGAGUGUGUGCGUCUGAGGCAAUCAAGGUUAUAUUUGCUACAGCAUCCUACUGUAGUUUCCACUUGGGAUUUAAGUCCCUGAAACAUGUAAUUCUUGAUUAAUUCUGUGUCAUUGUAAUUUGUAAAUUUGUAACACGGAAUUUCAUUCAGACAUUGAUUAUUAAUUUAUUGAUUUUUCCAUUUAGAACAUCUUGUGAUUUAUUGU